UGAACCCUCACUCAUUUCUUCACAGAAAAAUUUACUCAAACAAAUAACAACUCACAAAUCUUACAACUAAUUCAAUACUUUUGUCCUCUUGGAUUUUCAAGUUUCUUCAAGAAAUAAACCUUAGCCAUCUAUAAGGAAUUGAUGUGUACUGGUUCAAGGAGUAAAGUUUGUCCUUCUGAUUUAAACAUGGAUCAGAAAGAUGGGCAUGGUAGAAAUUGCUCAAAAUUGCUUGAAUUGUCAGCUUCAGAUGAUCUUUCUAGCUUCAUAUGUGAAGUUGAGAAAGGUUGUGCUGUUGAUGAGUUCAGCUUUUGGUAUGGGAGAAGAUUUGGUUCGAAAAAGAUGGGGUUUGAAGAGAGAACCCCUCUGAUGAUUGCUUCCAUGUAUGGGAGUAUUGAGAUUUUGAAGUAUAUUGUUGGAACUGGUAAGGUUGAUGUCAACAGGGCUUGUGGCUCUGAUGGUGCAACUGCUCUUCACUGUGCUGCAGCUGGUGGCUUGGAAUCAUCGGUUGAGGUUUUCAAGAUCUUGAUUGAUGCUUCUGCUGAUGUUAAUGUUUGUGAUUCUAGUGGAAACAGGCCUUCUGAUGUGAUUGCUUCUUAUCCUAAGUCCUUGAGGAAUUCGAAAAGGAAGUCACUGGAGUUGUUGAAUGGGUGCUUGGCUGAGCUUGCUGAGCUGGAGGAGGAAGAAGAAGGAAAAGCAGCAAUCCAGAUGACGAAAGAAGGAAGCGAGAAGAAAGAGUAUCCGAUUGAUACUUCCUUGCCGGACAUAAAUGAUGGGAUUUAUGGGAGUGAUGAUUUCAGGAUGUAUUGUUUCAAGGUUAAGCCAUGUUCAAGGGCAUAUUCUCAUGAUUGGACUGAAUGCCCUUUUGUUCAUCCAGGGGAGAACGCAAGGAGACGCGAUCCAAGGAAGUAUAACUAUACUUGUGUUCCAUGUCCCGAGUUCAAGAAAGGUGUUUGUGCAAAGAAUGAUUCUUGUGAGUAUGCUCAUGGUGUAUUCGAGUCAUGGCUUCAUCCUGCCCAAUAUAGAACCCGUCUCUGCAAGGAUGAGACCGGGUGCUCAAGGAAAGUUUGCUUCUUUGCUCACAAGCCUGAAGAGCUACGCCCCUUGUAUGCGUCAACUGGUUCAGCUAUCCCUUCUCCAAAGGCUAGUCCAGCCGGCUCGAUGGAUAUGUCAACAUUGAGCCCUCUGGCUCUUGGUUCUUCGUCCAUGUUACUGCCUGCUACUUCAACACCACCGAUGUCUCCUGCUGUAACAUGUUCGUCUCCAAUGGGUGGAAACAUGUGGCAGAACAAGGUGAACAUCACCCCACCUGCAUUACAGCUUCCUGGCAGUAGGCUAAAGACAUCUCUAAACGCUCGGGACUUGGAUUUGGACAUGGACAUGCUUGGCUUGGAAAGCAUCCGCACACAGCAGCAACUAAGACAGCAAUUGAUAGAUGAGAUGGCUGGUCUCUCUUCACCGUCUUAUUGGAAUAAGGACAAUCGGAUGGCGGAUUUGAAGCCUACUAAUCUUGAUGAUGUUUUCGGAUCAAUGGAUUCUCAAUUGCUGUCCCACUUGCAGGGCCUUUCUCCGAGAGUUACAGCCACCACCAGCUCUCAGUUGUAUUCUCCAUCGGUUCCUCAUUUGCAAGGUCUCUCACCUAAGGUGUCAAGUAACGGCUCCCAGAUGCAAUCUCCAACCGGGCUUCAGAUGCGACAAAACAUGAACCAAUUUCAAUCAAGCUAUACCAACAUUCCUCAAUCAUCCUCUCCAUUGAGGAUGCCCUCAACCUAUGGAUUCGACUCAUCAGCAGCAGUGGCUCAAGCGGUCAUGAACUCGAGGUCUGCUGCUUUUGCAAAGCGUAGCCAGAGUUUUAUUGACCGUAGUGGAAUGGGGCAUCGUGCUGUUCCAAAUGGUGUUGCUAACUCACCACCUUUGAUGUCAUCAGAUUGGGGCUCCCCUGAUGGGAAAUUGGAAUGGGGCUUCAAUAGUGAUGACACAAACAAGCUCAAGAGAUCUCAAUCUUUUGGUUUUCGCGGUGGAAAUGGUGCUCCAACAAGAUCAACAAUCACACCAUCUCAACUCAACGAGCCAGACGUGUCGUGGGUUCAUUCCUUGGUGAAAGAUGUGUCCUCUACUGGUACUGGGCUAUACAGUUCAGAGCAGCAGAAGUACGGUGGUGGUGUUCGUGACUCCAUUCCACCGUGGCUGGAACAAAUGUACAUAGACCAGGAGCGUAUCGUGGCUUAAUUAAUUAUUCUUUUCGAAAUUCUUAUCGAUAUAUUGGAUAUAAGUUUAACCAUUAGUUUCAAGGGAAGAAACAUCAACAUAUUCCCUUAGUUAUAUGGGGAAAGAAAAAUGGGGGAUAGGGAAGGAUAACUAAUCACAUUGUUUCAACAAUUAAGUGAUUGAAAAAAGAGUCAUUUGUUAUAUUCUUAUAAUUCUUUAUAAUAAGUUCUUUAUCUUCUUCAAUGAAUUGGAGUUGUAUUUCAAUAUAUUGAUUGAGCUUAUCAGAAUUAU